AUGAGCAAACCGCCGGGCAAAUUUUGGCUUCGAGAUACGAUGGACAUUGGUCUGCAGAAGGUUGUAGAAAUACAUAAGCUCUUUCUGAGCCAGAGAUGUGAACAUGUGACUGAAGGAGCAGAUGAUCCAGGAAGUAGAACCCUCCUUAACAACAUCUACACUGAGCUCUACAUCACAGAGGGACAGAGUGGGGAGGUCAACACCCAACAUGAGGUGAAGCAGCUGGAGACUGCUGCCAAGAAGAAGAAGAUCAUUGCAGACAAUCCCAUCAAUUGCUGCUGUUUCAGUGACCCAGCGACUCUAACACCCCCCAACCCCUCCUCCCCCUUGAUCUCGCCAACGACCCUCUCCUUCAGGUGUUCAGCCUCUCAGAGAAAAUCAACUUUUCUCUUUGUCUUUUCUUCUUUAUUCAGGUUGUGUAGCUGCAGUUUGUCAGAGAUCAGCUGGUCUUCUCUUUCCUCAGCUCUGAAGUCCAACCCCUCCCAUCUGAGGAAACUGGACCUGAGCUUGAACCUACUACAUGAUUCAUCAGUGGAGGUUCUGUGUGGUUUUCUUCAGAGUCCACUCUGUGAACUGGAGACUCUGAGGUUGGAGAGCUGCAGUUUGUCAGAGAUCAGCUGGUCUUCUCUGGUCUCAGCUCUGAAGUCCAACCCUUCUUAUCUGAGGAAACUGGACCUGAGUGGAAACAACCUUCAUGAUUCAUCAGUGGAGGUUCUGUGUGAUUUUCUUCAUAGUCCACUUUGUGAACUGGAGACUCUGAUGUUGAGGGGCUGCAGGUUGUCAGAGAUCAGCUGGUCUUCUCUGGUCUCAGCUCUGAAGUCCAACCCCUCCCAUCUGAGGAAACUGGACCUGAGCCUUAACAACCUUCAUGAUUCAGGAGUGAAGGUUCUGUGUGGUUUUCUUCAGAGUCCACUCUGUGAACUGGAGACUCUGAGGUUGAGGGGCUGCAGGUUGUCAGAGAUCAGCUGGUCUUCUCUGGUCUCAGCUCUGAAGUCCAACCCCUCCCAUCUGAGGAAACUGGACCUGAGCCUUAACAACCUUCAUGAUUCAGGAGUGAAGGUUCUGUGUGGUUUUCUUCAGAGUCCACUCUGUGAACUGGAGACUCUGAGGUGAGCUCACUGACUGUUAUUGUUGUAAAUGUCAAAGUGAAACUGAUUCAUCUUCACACUCAGAUGAACCACUGAUUAUAAAUAAAUGAAUUCUGGUUCUAAACUCUGAUUGU